CGGCGCGCACCUGCUGCACUGCGGCACCGGAAGUACAGCGCACAACACAGCGGCAGCGCAGGGGAUGUGGAGUUAAUCCUCUGUCAAAGGUUGCCUUUAACCGUUUUUGCUCUUUAUCAGGCUCGGGUCGGUGAGAUUUGGCAUCCCGUCAAAUCGCAGUAGACAGACAGACAGACAGACAGCAGAGGGAGGAGGCGUUCAAUCGGGGACACUGCAGCGAGAGCAUCAUCAAGGCACACGCGCUCAGAGCGCUGCGCGUGCACGCUGCAUCCCUCUCUCUGCCAUCGCUGGCAUUUUAACAAGAGCCGCUUCAGCAAGAGGAAAGAGACACGAACAAAUGAAUCGUCUUUGCUCUGUUAAUAAUAACUUUCCAUAUGACAACAAUCUCCUGGUACUGGACAUGGUGCUGAGCUCGCUAUGGGCAUCGCCUCAGCCAAUCAACUGGGAGAAUGUUGCCAAGUUGGUUCCAGGGUUCACACCUAUAGAGUGUGCACAGAGGUUUGAAGAGCUGAAGACAACAGGCAGUUUCCCUCAUGUUGAUGAUCAGUGUAACCCACUGACCGGAGCAGUCAGCUCUCCAUCAGAACCCUUUUCCACUUACAUCAAAUCUAAUUUAUUGGACAUUACCAGAGAUACGGGGGAACCACAGUCCAAUCAGGCCACUCUCUCAGUGUCAGGCCUCACUGUGAUCCCUGCUGAUCUAGGAGACUCUGCAGAGAGUGAGAUUGCAGAUCCUGCUAAGAAGAUUGAGAGAACAGAAGGGAAUAAAAGUCCCAAUAUGGUAAUCCAUGUUUGUGAUGAGGCCAAGAACCUGAAGCAGGACUUUGUGUGUCCAAGAAACCUGCUGGUGAAAGAGAUGCGUUACUUUGAAGAGUAUCUGUCUGUGGACCCACAGCGAUGGGAUGAGGUGGACAUUUCUGUCCACUGUGACAUCCAGAUCUUCGACUGGCUCAUGAACUACGUCAAGAGUCACAACACUGAACAUUCGCAUGGAAAACACGUGGACAACCCCAAGCUGGGUAACUGUCUUUUGGGAACUGUUUCAGAAGUUCUGGAGCACAGCAAUGUCAUCUCAAUCCUGAUCUCCUCCGAGUUCUUGAAGAUGGAAACUUUAGUUGAGGAGUGUAUCCAGUAUUGUCACAAACAUAUGAGUGCCAUCAUAGCAACGCCGUGCAAUAUGAACUGCAUCAACAACAACCUGGCCGGACGCAUUGCUGAUCUCUUCAGCCACAAUGAGGCAGAUGACCUCAAGGACAAAAAAGACAAAUUCAAAAGUAAACUAUUUCAGAAAAAGAUUGAGAGAUUAUUUGAUCAUGGUUACCAUAAUCACGAUUCCCCUGGUAAUGCAUCUACUCUGUACAGAUGUGGACUUUGCCUUAAGCUUUUAACCAAAGAAACGGAGAGAAAAAUCCCUUGUGUUCCAAACAAAAUCAAUAUAGAUUCCAGAGGAAACAUUAUAUUCACUCACACCAGACAUAAGGCCUGGGAGGUACAUGAGUAUGUGAAUGGGCUUUAUGAAGAGUUGAAGUCCUGGAUACUAGUUUACUGGAGGAUCUGGGGCACCAUCAACUUCCUUGCCUGCUCACGCUGCAAACAGGCAUUCCUGUGUACGGAGUUGGGCCAGUGUAAAUAUCACCCAGAGGCGGUUGUGUAUCCUGGCAUUGGGGCAGAGCAAAGAUGGCAUGGCAUUGGUCUUUACCCCUGCUGCAACCAGAAAGUCCUGCGAUUCGAUCCCUCCUCCAUGCCCAAGGGCUGUAAAAUAAGAGACCACAUUGUAAGCGCGGCAGAUGGUGGUGACUGCGGCGAUCACAAUGUAAACUCAACUCAGACCAGAAUACUCAAUGACCUGCUGCUACACAGAGAGGCUGUGUGUGUGCCCGAGAGCUCUGAGGACCCUUCUACAGGCAGUGAACAUGUGCCAGGAUAUGAUGUAACACUGGAGCCAGGGAUGCUUACAGCUCACAGACCCAAGGAAACCACAGCUUUUUCACUCUUAAAAAGCUGGAGUCUUCAGCUGCGGCAGCAGUCUCUGCUGUCUGAAGAUGAGGAAUACACUACUGGGUCAGAGGUCACAGAAGAUGAGGUCGGGGAUGAAGAAGACACUUCAAAAAAACAAGCUGCAAAGAAGGCAAGAAAAUCUGGCAAACCUUUGAAAAGACAAGUGUCCUCACCGAAUUUUCAGCGUAAGGAAAAAUCUGGAGAAAAGGCACCAUCUCGAGACUCAACCCCGUUCACCGUCAGCAUCCAGAAGAAUAAGUGGGAUAGCAAUCGUUCCAUGAGGUACAAUCAGGAUGCACAGAGGGAGGAGGAUCAGAGGAGAAUGGAAGAGAUUAUAGCAAAUCUCACUAAAAUGCGCUUCGGUGACCAGGAGCAGAUGAAGUUUAAAGACAUAAAAGAGCCUGCAGGGGGGCUCUACCCGAGGUUGGAGGCCCAGUUUAAGGCCUCCUCACAGUCCAGCGGAAAACACAGCAGCUCAGAGAAAACUAUAAGAGCAAAGACACGCUCGGGGCCGUCAAAACCGACUUAGAGGAAAUAUGGAGAUAAGUGGAUGAGUUUUUGAAAAGGAGGAGUAAAUGAGGUUGCUGCUGUUUGACGAGGCAGAAGAAACCAUCGCUCUCUUCGUCCAUCCUUUGCUUCACUCCUCACCCACCCUCCUCCCGAACUCUGUCCUGACACAGCAGGAAUAGCAUUAGCGUCUUUUCCGUUACAAUCCCAGGAGAAGAAUGGAUUGUUGGUGUGGUCGCUGAUGUCAUAAUUGUAGCUAUAAAGCAUAAACAAUGGACCUAAUAAAACCUUCAGAUGCACUGUAAACAUAACAAGCUUUUGGCUGCUAUUGAAUUGGUUGCACCCACAAAAAAAUUGGCUACACUUUACAAUAAGGUUUCACGAGUUAACUACUUUAGUUAAGGUGAACUAAGAAUUAAUGAUUCUACAGCAUUUGUUAAUCUUAGUUCAUGUUAAUUUCAACAUUUACUAAUACAUUAUUAAAAUCAAGAGUUGUGUUUGUUAACAUUAGUUAAUGCACUGUGAACUAACACGAACAGCAGUAUUUUUAUUAACUAACAUUAACAAAGAUUAAUAAAUACAAAUGUAUUGCUCAUUUAAUGCAUUAACUAAUGUUAAUAAAUGAGACCUAUUGUAAAGUGUUACCAAAAAAAUUGUACGCAUUACCAUUUCAGUUUAUUUAGCAUCUUUUGCUUUAUCUCAUCUCACCUCUAGCUCAGGAUUCAUUCCAGCCGGAGUAAGUUGUAAUGUCCCUGCUUCAUUCUAGCCGACUCAGGUGACCAGACAAGCUCAUCUCCGUGGUACUGACCCUGCACUUUAAGCCGUCUUAAUGCAAUGACUCAAACCUGUAUAAUACGCAAAGAAGCCACUGGGUAAAGAGUGACGCUGAUAACUAAUACCUGUGAGGUCCGUGAUUAUGUUGCACUGGAACUGUCACAACUGUGCCAUUUGGACCAAUGUGACGUGGUAGAAUACAGAAUCAAUUAAAUAAAUCAUUUAAAAUAAA